AUGGGGCCCCUAAAGGAGACAGGGGGGGGGCCCCCAAGGGGGGCCCCCAUCUCCUCCUCCUUACCCAAGUUCACAGAAGCUGUACAACCCCAGCAGCAACAGCAGCAACAGCAGCAGCAGCAGCAGCAGCAGCAGCAGCAGCAGCAGCAGCAGCAGAUAGAGACAACAAAAGGGGGAUUUGAACCCCCAAGGGGGGCCCCCAUCUCCUCCUCCUUACCCAAGUUCACAGAAGCUGUACAACCCCAGCAGCAGCAACAGCAGCAGCAGCAGCAGCAGCAGCAGCAGCAGCAGCAGCAGCAGAUAGAAACAACAAAAGGGGGAUUUGAGGCUGUUGCUGAGGCUGUAGCAGCAGCAGCAAAACACGAUACAGAUGAAACCACCAGAGAGAUGAAGGCACUUAUACUUGUGGGGGGAUACGGCACCCGUCUCCGCCCCCUAACCCUCUCCGUCCCUAAACCCUUAAUUCAUUUUUGUAAUAGAGCUAUCAUUGAGUAUCAGAUUGCUUCUUUUAAACGCGUAGGUGUGCGUCACCUAAUCCUUGCUGUUGCCUAUCAACCCCAAGCCCUGAUGGAGGCCCUGCAUGAUCUAGAGGCGAAGUAUGAGAUGAAGAUAAGCUGUUCAAAGGAAGAAGAACCCCUCGGCACUGCUGGGCCCAUCCGUCUGGCUGAGGGUUUGCUGCUGCAGGAGGAAGAGGACCCAGCAGCAGCAGCAGCAGCAGCAGCAGUUAGGGUUUGUGUUUCAGUAUGA